UCUUAAUCAAGAGUUAUAAGACACGGUUCUUAUGUGUUCCUCUUCUGCGACUUCGCUCUCCUUCUUCCGCUACUAUCUCAAGAGUCUUGGUGCUAGAUUCCUACUGCUGCUAAUGAAAAACACAAAGACUCCAAACCGAUUCAGGCGGAACGUGGUGUCUAUGGCGGCUGAGCUGAAGCAAGUGAAAGACUGUUUAGUUUCUCAAGAACAAUUCUUUGUUAACAAAACCCUUUCUAGAAAAGAAAAAAAGACAAAAAUUAAAAACAUGGAAAGAGAGAUAUGUAAAUUGCAUAAAACAUUGGAAGACAGAAAUUGCCAGCUCGAAGCUUCAUCAUCUGCUGCUACAAAGGUUUUAACUUUGACAUACCCUUUUGUCUUUUGAGAUAUAAUCUAUAAACUUAAAAGCUGCCUGGUGUGUGUUCUUUUUACUCCUGGCGUGUGUUCCUUUUACUCCUCUGGUUGCUAUUUUGAUAUUGAGUUACUUUCAAAGAUUCUCUAGCUAUGUUGGAUAACAUGAGAAGUUGUUUAUUUAUGUAUUGUAGUGUUGUAAACUACUAUUGAAGUUUUUUUUAAGAACCGUUAGUGGAGUUCUACCAUUGGAGCACUCAAA